GCUGACGGGCCCUGCCCGCCUCUCCUCGCAGGGAAAAGUCUGAAGACGCUUAUGUCCAGGGGGAUCCUGCAGGUGCACCCUCCCAUCUGCGACUGCCCCGGCUGUCGGAUAUCCUCUCCGGUGAACCGAGGGCGGCUAGCAGACAAGAGGACAGUCACUCUGUCCCCCGCACGGGCCCUGAAGAAGGAGCAUACCCCCAGCUUCUCCACCAGCGACGGGGACAGUGACUGGAGUGUCCCGGCCUGUGGGCGGCGGCUGGGCUUGAAGCAGGAGGAUGAGCCCCAUGUUCGUAUCAUGAAGAGAAGAGUCCACACCCACUGGGACCUGAACAUCUCCUUCCGAGAGACGUCCUGCAGCCAGGACGGCGACCUUCCCACCCUCAUAUCCAGCGUCCACCGCAGCCGCCACCUCGUUAUGCCCGAGCAUCAGAGCCGCUGUGACUUCCAGAGAGGCAGUGUGGAGAUCAGCCUGGGACCUACAGGUGACCUGUUAGGCAAGAGGCUGGGUCCCUCCCCCCACGGCAGCCACGACUGCUCUUCGGAGAAGAAGGCUCGGAGCGGAUCCCCCCAAGAGACGCCACUGCUGCCCGAGCUGGGACCCAGCAUGGCCCCUGAGGAUCACUACCGCCGGCUCGUGUCCGCACUGAGUGAGGCUGGCACCUUUGAGGACCCUCAGCGUCUCUACCACCUGGGCCUUCCCAGCCAUGGUGAGCACCCAUCAGACACGAUGCCCACCAUAGGGCCCACCCACGCGUGCUGGGCUCUGCCUGUUCCGAAGGCUCCGCUGAUGCCAAGGCCAGCGCUGGGUGCAG